AUGAAGUUAAAUGCUCGGAAGAAAUACAGCACCUUCAAAAAAGAAUUAUCCAAAACAGGUGGUGGGGCAAGACCAGCAACUCCUAAUGAUGGAAUAAUAGACAUUAAAGAUUUGCUGAAUCCUGCAGAGCUGUUGAGGGAUCAUAAUAUAUAUGAUUCGGAUGGGAUUAUCGAAAGUUCCUCAUCAAAUAAAGUUAUAUUGGCAACUACCAGCGAGACAUGUGACAACACAUUACAGGAUGUAAAACCAAUGACAUAUGUGGUCAUAUAUUUGGAUACACAAAAUGUGGAUGAGAAUAUUAACCCAGAAAAUCAGCAGAUAGCUGACUACAUUAUAGAAAAUACUGAUGCACAAGAGAAUGAUCAGGAAUUUACUUCAUCAGUGGUAUCUCAAGAUGCGAUUGGGGCCACUCCAAUGAACAAAAAUAUGGGCAUGACUUCAGCAAAGAAGGUGCCCAAACGAAAACUCAUAUCAAAUAAUAAAAAGAACCAUGAUGAUUAUGUUAAUAACAUGCUAAGCCAUAGCAAAAAGCUAAAAGAAGAAGAGCACAGGAGACGUCUAGAAAUGGCUGAAGAGGAACAUGCAAUAAAAAUUGAAAUACACAAAGAAAAACUAAAAUGUGCCAUACUCGAAAGAGAAAUUUUAGAGUUAAGAAAAGUGCGUGAAGAGCAAAAUUAA